CUCCUUGGAACACCUCCUGAAUGAGACGGGCAACUGUCUCCAUGUCGUCCGGACUAUCCAACACGGCCGGGAGUCCGGCAAGAUCGUGCAUCUCGCGGAAUAAUGAGCAACACUUUCAAGUUCCUUCUGGUUUUGUCUUUGGAGAUGCUUCUCCCGCCGGUCGAUCGAGCUUCUGAUGGAAUCCGGGGCUUUGGUUCUUCCCACUUGACAAGCGAUACCUCUCUGCUUCAACAGAUUUUCGCAGAACUCUUUCAGGGCAUUCAACAUCGCUUCGUAUUCGCUUUGCAGCGCCGACCACAUGUAUUCGAUGAACACGGGCUUGGGAUCCAAGGUUCAAGUGUCACGGAUGAAAUGCUCGAUUUUCCACCCGGAGAGGGUGAUACCUUACAACGUCUUCCGGGUUGGCUCGAUGGAUAACUUUGUGGCGUUUGCUCGAGGAAGCCAUUGUGAAUUCGUAGCUC